AUGAACCAAACUACCAUCCAUCCACUACUAUCAUCCUCACCAACUGAACCCACCAGCCAACUAACAACAACAACAACAACCACAUCAACAACAUCAACAACAUCAGCAGCAAACCAUCAACAACAACAAGAACUUACAGACGCACUACUCUUCCAAAACUUAAGAGCAAACGCACAAGAACUAGGACUAGACGGACACAGCCUAGGAUGGAACAUCAUCCAAACCAUCCACCAACAAGAACACCAACUCAUCGAACGACUACAAGCAAAACAACUAGAACUACUACUACUACUACCAAAAACAAAAACAACAAACAACAACCAACUAAUCAUUAACAAACAACUCAUCCUAAACCACAUCCUAAUCAUCAGCCCAUCAUCAUCAUCAUCAAACCAACACCAAAUCACCAACCUCAACGGAUGGAACGGACUCAUCGAAGCAGAUCGGAUCCUAUUCACUUCACCCGGAAACCCAAUCAAUCCCGAUCUCAGUUUCACUACCAUCAAACCAUCCACCUCCUUAUCCGAUGAACUCACCUCACCAGCUCAACUACGAUUCCCGAUCUACCAUCUACUCUCACCACCCGCAAAAACGAUCACCAUCCCAAGAUCAAAUAACACCAAUACCAACAAUAGGAGCAGUAGUACUAGCACUGCCCAGAGAUUGGCCUCACUCUUCGCAUCCUCCUCCAGAUCCGAAUCAGAACCACUCACCAUCCAGAUCAGACUCAUCGAUCGCCCACUAGACUCACUCGAACUCGAUCAGGCCAUCACCAGAGCUGUCUCCAAUCGGAUCAAGGAUGGCCUCGGAAGCUUGGAGGAAAACAUGCUCAAUACCAUCCAAAACUUCAUCUCUCGUCUAUCGAUCUACAACCAUUCAGCAACUGGAGGAAUCAGCUCAUCCGUAAUAGAAGAGUUCUCCUCUAUUUCAGCUACUUCUUCACUCCAACUGGCUACCAACCAAGAGAUUGGCGAGGUGAUCCAAGAGAUGUAUCACGAGAUCGAUCAACAACUCGAGCGAGAGUACCACCAAGAACUCGAGCAGGAUCAGGCCGAGGAGGAGACCCGGAUGAUCAUCGAUCACACCUUGGAACUCAUCGAGGAAGUCGUCUGUCUAGAAUUGUACGAUCGAUUCUUUGAGCAAUCUUCGCUGGAAGAUCAGCAACUUACUGAGAAGAUCGCCCAGUUGAAUCUACUCGAUCUCACACUGGAUCACUUGGGUCUGGAUUUGGAGAGAAGAGAGAUGGACGAUCCAGAUGGGAUCAUCACCAUCCGCAAUGGACUGGAUGAGAUCAUAAAAACUGCUUCGAUCGAACUAUCUCGACUUGAGGACGGUGAAUGUCGCUCCCCUCGGGACAAAGUUGGGGUCUAUGUGACCGUUCACAAGCUGAUCGUUGAUGGAUUAAGUUCGCUGCCGCCAAUCCCGAUGAAAAAGGAGGGCAUCCCAGCUGGUGUUAUCACAGCCGGACAACUAUCGCAAGAUCAAAGCAUCAACUCUAAUGAGGUUGAGAUGUCACAUACACUCGAUCGUACUGGGAUCCCGACGGAUACGACGACGACGACGACUACGAUGAUGAUGGAUAGAACCCUUCCGAUGUCUACGCCCCUUCGUCCCUUGCCGAAGGAUCAGGCUUCUGCAAGCGAGCUCUUGGAUGCCAUGCACACCAGUCUGAUCGAUGAUCCACCUGGGCCCCCUGCUUCUGCGCCACCCGCUCAAGAUCUCCAUCCUCGCUCGCCCGAUCCCGCGAAGCUCAACAAACCACGGCCCAACUCUUCGAGUGCCGACCUAAUCCUGCCCAUCCUCAUCUACCUGAUCAUCAAGGCCAAUCCCAACAGACUGAUCUCGAAUUUGAACUACGUCAAUCGGUUCCGUUACCAGCGAUUGAUCAAGGGCGAGACGGACUAUUGUCUGGUGAACUUCAGCGUGAGCUGCGAGUUCAUCAAGAACUUUGUUGGCCUCGAUGGCUCUGAAAAUUUCCAGUCGCAGCAAAGCAUGACCAUUCCGGCGGUCGCCGGACGUUCGGUAGAGCAGGCUGAAGGAAGCACAUCCAGGGGCCGGGCCGGAUAUGGGACGUUUCCUUCGCCGAUCAAGCGUGGUCGGGAGAAAACUGGGAAUAGUGAAGUUGAAGUUGCAUUGAUUGCAGCUAGUCGAGCGGUCGGAGGGGUAUUGAUGGGCGGGUACCAGAAGGUGAUCUCGAGCUCCCUAUUGGACGGGUCUGCGGCCAAGCUCGGUCUGGUGGCUGGCGGGGGUGGUGUAGCCCGCUCGGCCCCGCGGACGUUGGAGGACGUCAAGAAGCUGAUCGGGUCCGGCGUCGCAGGCCGACGCGAAGCCGGAAACAGCGGCGGCGGCUGGGGCACCCGCGUCGGCUUGCUUCGGCGCCACCAAUCAUCCACUACGGUGACUCCCGAUGGGGAUCCUCUCGUCGACUCGCCCAGCUCGCUUGCGUCUAAUCCCGUCAAACGCUUCAGCUCGCUCUUCCACACUAAUAAUCAACCCGCUUCCCUCCUCUCUGCUCCCCCCGUCUCCUCCACUCUCCUUCCUCCCACCUCUUCAGCUUCUGUUUCGGCUUCGGAUCUGGGCGAGGACGAUAAGGGGUCCUCGUCCAUCGGCCAACGUCUAUCCCAUCUCUCCGGCUUUCGCAAGUUACAGACCCAUCAAUCGUCUGCUCUUCUCCCUUCCAAAUCCCACGAAUCUCUCACCUUGCGUCCAUCUCUGAAUGAGGAGAGUGUUGGUGCUGCGUGUGGGACGGACAUGAUUGAUGAUGAGGAACAUCGGACGGCACAACAGAGCGGGCCGAUCGAGCGGCUGGAACGGUGUGUGAACAGCGACCAAUUGAUGCUCUCUGAUGUUCCCCUUCUGUUGGCGGAUUAUCAGAGGUUGGCUAGGAUUGGUCGACGGGCUGGGUUGUGGUGA